AUGAAAUCAAUAUUUAAAGAAAUUAAUAAUAUUGAAUAUUCAAUUAGGGAUAGUUUUAAAUCAUUAUCAGAUUGUGCAUCAAUGUUGGAGAUUCAAAAUUUAAAUACUCAUAUAAAAUCAAAUCUUGAAAAAUUAAAUCAAUUAUUAAAAGAAGCAAAUGAAAAACUAUAUGAAGGAAAUAAUACAAUUGAAAUAGAACAAUCUAAAAAAGAAUUACAAUUUCAUAAAGAAGAAUAUGAAAAUUUAAAAGUUUUACAAAGAAAAGCAAAUUUACAAACUUCAAAGAAUUUACAAGAGAAAUAUAAACAAAAUAAAAAAUUACUUUUAUCUGGAAGUGAAAAAAUUACACAACAAUCAAGGUUUUAUUCAAAUCAAAAUUCAAAAGCAGAUUUAUUAAAAACUUCAAUAUCAUUAACAGAUACACUCAAAAGAACUAGAAAUUUUAUGAAUACUCAAGUUAGUAGAAGUUCUGAUAUUUUACAUGAAAUAAAUGAAUCAUCAAAGAUUGUAGAUAAAACAGUUAGUCAACAAAAAGAAUAUGAAAAUAUUACAACAGAAGGAAAAUCAUUAUUAACGAAAUUAAAAAGAAGGGAUAUGACAGAUAAACUGUUAAUUUGGUUUGGUUUAAUAGUUUUCUUAUUGGUAGUUGUAUACAUUCUUAAAGUUAGAUUUGGUACUCAAAUUAUAAAUUGGAUUUAUAAAUUAAUUGGACCAUCAAUAAUUAAUAAAUAA